GAAUAUAUCGAAUGAGGAAACGUGGAACAUUGAACCGGAUAGAUAAAAAUGUCAUCACCAACUGGUGGAGUUUCCUGUGUAGGAUAGUAUCAGGAAUAGCUUUUGGAAGGUGAUGAUUGAUCAAUUAUAAUUCCACGGAUUUCGCGUCAUUGUGUGCAUUCAAUUUGUAAAAAGAAUGUUUGAAAGUGAGAUACAUUGAAGGUAAAUUAUGAAAGAGAAACUAUCGAUCGAGAAAGAACGUGGUAAGAAAUUAGUACGAUAGUACGAGGAUCCUAACCUUGUUGAAAAUGAAGUCUGGCACUGUGAACAAACAUAGAGGUUCUACGCUUUUAAAAACGGAAGAAAACGAACAAGUCUAUCAAUUGAUAGGAAAUCGGUGUCAGUGUUUAGCAGCUGGAGUUAUUCAAUUAUAUUUGACUGAACCACCUUUACACAAAGAAUGGAUAAAGAAAACUACAGGUAUUAUAACAUUGAUAAGGGAUAAUCCUAGACGUAGCUUCUUCCUUCGUUUAUAUUGCUUACAAAGGAAAGCAAUGUUAUGGGAGCAUGAAGUAUAUAAUGCAAUGGACUAUAAAGCACCAUUGAGUUACUUCCAUACAUUUGAAGCAGAGGAUUGUAUGGCUGCUUUUAAUUUUGCAAGUGAAACAGAUGCUGUUACAUUAAGAAACAUUCUUCUUGAUAAGCUGAAUGCCAAACGUCAGAAAAGGCAACAAAGACGUUCUAAGGUAGAAGGAGAAACUCAGCAUGGUGCAACAUUGCCAUGGAGGAAUCAAAGCAACGCAUCACCUGUUGCAUUUAGUACAGGAUCAACUUCUAAUUUAUUAAAUGGAACCCCAACUACAAUUGGUGUCAAUAGGAGUGCUUCUAGUAGUUCUAUGUACAAAAGUAAAAAGAAAAAACGAGAGAAAACCAAGAAAAGGUUAACGAAAGAUGACAUUGGUCCUCCAUCCAAUUUUAGACACGUUACACACUGGGCAUGGAAUACUAGUAGCAAAGAAUUGGAAUUAGACAAAGUCGAUCCACAUUUAAAAAUGUUUCUUGAUAUAGUUGGUGUGUCGGAACAUCAAUUCAGAAAUCAAGACACGCGUGAUUUUAUUUACGAUUUUAUUGAAAAAAAUGGUGGGAUGAAUGCCAUUAGAGAAGAUAUAUCUUCAUCUAUCCCAAAAACUAAUGCACAACAACAAUUACAACAAUUGCAACAACAACAACAACAUCAGCAACAAUCUCCAGCAGCGCCUCAAAGACAGGAAUAUCCCCCUCCAGUUCCAGCAAGAACAAUAACACAUCAAACACGAAGUGCUCCACCACUACCUCCAAAUCGAAUUAACGCACCUUCGACACCGCCAAGUGUACCACCUAGUGCACCACCUAGUGCACCACCAGUUCAUAGAACAUUACCAUCUCGACCGCCACCACCUUCUUUAACUUUUGCACCAUCACUACCACCACCUCCACCGCCGCCUCCUCCUCCUCCACCACCUCCACCAGCUCCAGCUCCAGCUCCAGCUCCGCGUUCUAGAAGUAAUUUAAUUACACCUGUUCCACCUCCUCCACCAUUACCAAGUACCGAUGAUGGAACAGUCAACACAAGUGCUAUCAAUAAUAAUAAUACUACUAGUAAUGACAAUAAUAACGGGGAUAUCGCUGAUCUAAGGUCAACGCUUAUGGAAUCCAUAAGGAGUGGUACUACACUUCGAAAAAUUGAUAAAUCUGAAGUAAAACAAAGUCCUCCUCCUCCGGAUUCAAGGAAUGCUUUGUUAGAAGAAAUUCGUCGUCAAGAAUUUGUGUUAAGGCCCGUUUCGAACGAAGUAAAAAAUGAACGAAGUAAACCAGCGUUUCAAGGAGGAUUAGCUAGUGCUUUAUCAAGAGCUCUUGCCGAGCGAUCAAGUGCAAUCCAUAGUGAAAGUGAUGAUUCGACUAGUGAAACCAGUGAUGAUGAUGAUGACUGGGAUGAUUAACUCAGAUGAAGCAUAUGACUCGAGGAAUAAAAUAAUGUAUCACUGUGAUAAAUCUGCUAUCAAUAAACAUGUAAACAGAUUAGCUACUUUAAAUGUAUAAUAUAACAAUUUUGAAUUUGAUAUCCAAAGAAGAAUGAAAAUCACAUGUAAAUGUUCCGAAAAAGGAAAUCAAAUAAUGUGUUAUCAGGAAGUAAGGCAUAAUUACAUGGAUAGGGCAGGUAAGGGCAGAAUAAAGGUCCUGGUAUAAUUUCAAAAGAAUUGUGACAUGCAAUUAUCUGGUGUGAAGGAGAAAAGAAGAUAUUAUAUAAAGUAAAUACGAUGUUAUAUAACACAACAGGCAUAAAAAUAUCAAUUUUUCGUUUACUAGUAUUUAUUCGUUUAACUGAGGAUCAGCAUUUGCCAAAUAAAAUGAAUACCAUGGAAACGAUUAUACCUAUUCAAGCUGUUUCAAUAAAUAUUAUAAGAAAUAUAAUAAUAAAUACAGUUAAGUAAAAACUAGCGUAAUUAUGUAGUACAGUUAACAAUAUUACAAAUUCUAUGUAAAUUUGUACUAUUACUUCAAAAGUUAGUACACUUCCUGCAUGAUGAUUACGAAAUUUGCCUUAGUUUGUCCUGCCCAAUUCGUGUAACUCAAAAUAUAUAGAAUUUUAAGUUAGCGACCGAUAGUCCAAGAUGCACAUUUACGGUGGAACAAAACUGUAAACGUAAAAUAGAUUUUCAAAUUAAUUGGAGUUGAUCUAUCAAUCAGAAUAGAACAAGGAAAUAAAAGUAUUAAAAACA